CAUGGCGAGUGCAGAUCUCGGAGAUGAGCUAAUUUGCUCCAUCUGUCUGAACGUAUACGAAGAACCUGUAACGCUGAGAUGUGGACACAACUUCUGCCGAGUGUGUAUAGAGAAUGUGCUGGAUACCUUUGAGGGGUCUGGAGCUUAUACCUGUCCUGACUGCCGAGCAGAGUUUCCGGAGCGUCCUCCACUGCACCGAAAUGUAGCCCUAUCUAACAUAGCCAAGCAGUUCCGGUCUACACGCUCAGAGCUAGAGAGAGAUGGAUUAUCCUGCACUUAUUGCAUUCAUGCUACAACACCUGCCGUGAAAUCCUGUCUGCAUUGUGAAGCUUCCUUGUGUGAUAGUCACUUGAGAGUCCACAACAAGUCAGAGGUACACGUCCUUACAGAUCCCCCUGUGUUCCUGGAGAGCAAAAGAUGUACCACCCAUAAUAAGAUCCUUCAAUACUAUUGCUCAAUGGAUGCUACUUGUAUCUGUCUCCACUGCCGCUUGGCUGGGGAUCAUAUUGGACAUCAGGUGGAGCCACUAAAUGAGGCCGCCGAGAAGAAGAAGGAGAAACUAGGAAAUGCUCUGAAAGAAAUUAUCCAAAGCAGAGAAAUCACUGAUGAAAAACUUUCUCGCUUAAAGGAACAGCAACAUGGGUUGCACAAGAAAACAGCCGGAGAAUCAGAAAGAGUCACUGACUUGUUCCGAAGCAUCAGAAGAAUGCUGGAUGAUCUGGAAAAGAAAGUCUUGAGUCAUAUCUCCAGCCAGGAUGAUCAUGUGUCACUCCUUUCUGAUCUAAUCCAUGAAAUGGAAAUAAAGAAGGAUGAAAUGUGCAGCAAAAUAGGCCACCUCGAGGAGCUGUGUCGCAUGACUGAUCCAUGGUCAAUCCUUCAAGAAUCACAAUCAGGCCAAGAGGACUUUUUUGUUGUCAGAGAGGAACCCAUAUUAGUGGAGAGUAAGGAGCUCCAUGCUGCAGAUGAUCUGGAUGUAGUUCAGAUCUCAGAGAUGUUGUGCAAAGGGUUCAUGGAUGUCAUGACUUGUGCUAGGAAGCGGAUCUUUGGCCAUGAAGAAACGGACUUAUUACUGGACGUAAGAACGUCUGGAAUUAACGUGGAGAUCUCUGACGACUUGAAACUAGCUUCUUGGUCCCAAAUAAAACAACCGGGAGUGCGGAAGAAUCUGCAACGUUGUCAGGUCUUGAGCACCCAGACAUUUAACUCAGGACGACAUUGCUGGGAAGUGGAAACCAGUAAAUCGGGAACAUGGAGUUUAGGUGUUUGCUACCCCAGCAUGCCCAAAUGUGGGGAUAUAGCUGAUAUUGGCUACAACAACAAGUCCUGGUGUUUGUCAAAGAUUCAUAAUAAUAACCAGUAUUCAGUGCUGCACAACGCCCAUGAAGUUCUGAUCAAUCAAAAAUCUCCCUGUCACAGAUUCAGACUGUAUCUGGAUUACGAGGCCGGCCAGCUGUCCUUCUUUGAGCUAAGGGACCCCAUCAAACUCCUGCACGUCGUCAAGGCCAAUUUCAGGGAGCCCCUUCAUGCUGCUUUCUAUGUCUGCAAUGCUUGGGUUCGAAUCCAGAGCUAAGGUUUAUUAGUGUUGAUUGCGGUUUCUUUUCUUAGGCUUCUGUUCACCUGCUGGAGGGCAAAGAGUGUCCUCCGUUGAGCUGGUCUUUUUUUGUGUAGAAUGACACAGCACACUGCACUGUUCUAUUCUAUGGGGCUAUUCACAUUGCGUUUCUUUUAAUAGAUGUCCUAUUUGGCCGUUUUGACGACCAGAUGGACCCCAUU